GCUGGGUCACCUCACUUCUUACUCUAGAGCAUAAGGGUUCCCUCCAGGUCACCAUGUAGUGCUUCACUUAGUAAAUUGAUUGGUUUAGCUAAGUCUAAUACAGUGAUGACCUCACCAGUGUGCACUCUGCUCCAGUAUUAUACUGAAGGCAGGAGACUAGAAGACACAGAAAUCAGCUUGGAUUAUGAACCAAGAGAUUAUUUGGAGCAAAGUUUCUCUUUGAGAAAUACACAUCCACUCAGCAAAACAAAAGCAACUUUUAAAGGUUGUUCUCGGUGGAAAUCACUCUAUGCCCCAUUACCUGCCUGAGUGAAACCAGACUAAGAACUUCUGUCAUGGCAGCUUUUCUGCUGGGAGCUGUGUUGCUUAUUGUUCAACCUCAGAUAGUGCCUUCCAGACCGGCUAUAAAUUCGAAGGCUGAGACGACUUCUCAGCCUGUUCAGAGAGAGCUUUUAAAGAAAACUUCUCCAAAAAAUGACUUCAAGGAAAACAUUCAUUCUAAUGGAUCAUGCCAGCAGCUGCCACAGACUAUCAUCAUUGGAGUGAGAAAAGGUGGAACGAGAGCUUUGUUAGAGAUGUUGAGUCUCCAUCCAGAUAUUGCGGCAGCAGAAAGUGAAGUUCACUUCUUUGACUGGGAAGAUCAUUACAGAAAUGGAUUGCAGUGGUAUAUUAAUCAAAUGCCAUUCUCUUAUCCCCAUCAGAUCACCGUGGAAAAAACUCCAGCGUAUUUCACAUCACCUAAAGUGCCUGAAAGACUUUAUAACAUGAACCAAUCAAUGAGACUACUCCUCAUUUUAAGAGACCCAAGCGAGAGAGUACUAUCAGAUUACACCCAAGUGUUCUACAAUCACAUGCAGAAGCACAAGCCCUACCCAUCCAUUGAACAGUUCCUGAUUAAAGGUGGUGAACUCAAUGUGGACUACAAGGCAAUAAACAGAAGCUUGUACUACAUUCACAUGCAAAACUGGCUGAAGUAUUUUCCUCUUGAUCACAUCCACAUUGUAGAUGGGGAUAAACUAAUCAAAGACCCCUUCCCAGAAAUAGAGAAGGUAGAGAGAUUUUUGAAGUUGUCGCCGCAGAUAAACGCCUCAAACUUUUAUUUCAAUAAGACUAAAGGCUUCUACUGCCUCCGGGACAGUGGCAGAGAGCGCUGUUUGCACGAGUCGAAAGGACGAGCGCACCCGCAGGUAGAUACCUGGUUACUCCAGAAACUGCACGAAUAUUUCCACGAGCCCAACAAGAAAUUUUUUGAGCUCGUGGGCAGAACAUUUGACUGGCACUAGUGGGGAGCCUCAGAACCUUCGCUCCGGUGUACAGUUAGAAAUUUUACAAAAGGGCAUUUAAGCUAUAAUUUAUUUGUAAAAAAAAAAAACAAAAACAAACAAAACCAAACCCAUAAAUACUUCUGUACAGUAUUAGAUUCACAAUUGCCAUAUAUACUAGUUAUAUUUUUCUACUUGUUAAAUUUGAAAGCAUUUUGUAUUGUUUUUCAUGGUUGUUAACAUUGUGGGUGACGUGUCUAUAUGAAAGAAACUAAAUUAUUUCACUGCAGAAGAGGCUGUCUCGAGAAUGCAUCGUCUUUCUAAGGAGUGAAAAAUUCAUUUCAGCAGAGCCCUUCAGAAUUGUUUGAAUACUUUGGCCUUCCUGUACUGGUUUGGAUUUUGCUCCUCUAAUUGCUAAUGAAUAUUCUAAACUAUACAU